AAUUCUCACGGAAGUACUUAAAUUUAUCGGUUUAUUUUAAAGCGUUUCUAAACUUUCUAUAACAGAUUGUUUUAAUGUUUUGAAGAAAAUUGAUUUUUAGAUGGUCAGUGUCUUUUGAUGGUAACCAAAGUUGAAGAUACUUUGGGUACUAAUCUGUGGAGCCAGGAGAUUUCUGAGACAUCAAUAAAUAUGUUCAAGUUUUGGAUUGAUAUUAAAAAAACAAUAUGACAUUAAAGAUUCAUCAUCCCAAAGAUUUCAUGCACCUGGCUUUUCUCUGUAUUUUACUAUUUUUUCCUCAUGGAAAAACUGUAUCCCAGUCCUGUCAAACAAAGGAGGCAGAUUCUUGUUACAAGAAUGGUAAAAACAAAUACACAAUUCAGGAAUUCACUGAUGAUGAACUGUUUGCAAGAGGUCACCUAAAACCGUUUGGCUCUCAUCGACCUCCUGAUGAAAUUGUGGAGGAAUUGCCUUUCAUGAUAUCACCACAAGAUUUUUAUAUGAAGUAUGUUGUCCAACACAAGCCAGUGGUUAUAAAAGGAGCAGUGAAACACUGGCCUGCGUAUAAACUUUGGACAGAUGAGUAUCUUAACCACACCUAUGGUGACACCAUGUUCAACAUGGAAACCAAAGAUGACGACAAGUCUAACAUUCCUAAAUCCAUGGAACUUAAAAAUUUCCUCGAAAUCUACCAACGCGCAGACAGAUACUUGGUUGAUGAGGUUCCACCAGACAUGAGGAGAGAAAUAAUCCUGCCUCUGUGUUUGCGUUGUGAGGAAAUUGACAAGUAUUUCUUUGUCUCGUAUUUUUGGUUCAGUAAUGGAAACACCUCAUCUACAAUGCAUCUUGAUACUGAUGAAAACAUGCUGUGUGUUGUGAAGGGUCACAAAGAGGUUUUUAUGGUUUCCCCGGAGUAUUCUGGUGAGCUCUAUGUGGAUAGCUCCAAGCUACUUGGUGUAUUAGAUAUUAAUAUGGCCUCUGUUGAUCUGGAGAAGUACCCAAGGGUUAAAAAUGUUCAUUAUGUGAAGGCAAAUGUGGAGGAGGGAGAUAUGGUGUAUAUACCACAAAUGUGGUGGCAUCAUGUUUACUCUAGAGCUGGACGACAACAAGCUGUUGCGUUGUGGUGGAAAUCGAAGCCAUGGUUAAAAGAUGGUGUCAGAAAAUCCACACAACUCUUAGACCACGAACAAAAAGAAAGAUCAAAGGUGAAGAACUCGUAUGCAAAUAUUUUAGUUGAAUACGAAAAAUGGGUACAAGAUGUUAGCGAUGAGCGACCAGCUAUCGCGUGUAAGGAACAGCAGGUUUUCAUGAGUCAAUAUCAGUUUGAAACGGAUAAAAUUCCGGACGCUGAACAGACAUUGGGAGAUGGUGGUGAUCUUGAAGAGGAGGACCAUAUAAAAUACAAGGAAGACUCCAAGGUAUCCCAACUAACGGAGGAAGAUUUUGACAGGGAGGACAUUGCUUCCCAACUCCCUUGUGAUUUCGACCGCGAGAAUUUAAAAUCCCCAUGUUACAAUAAACCUUGUCAAAUGAACGACGAUGAUCUCGAGUGUCUGCGCUACGUUCUGGACUACUGUGGCGUAUUUCAAGACAGAGGAUGCAUCAUCCAGUUACCUCAUCUCCUCAAUAAACUUGAUUCAAGUCAGUAUAGAGUACUGAAAAAUAUGGAUACGACUUUUGGGUCGGGAACUCAACGCUAAAUUCGACCACUCGAGUUCUUUGUACUAAUUUCAAGGGCCUUAAUUUUUCUAUAUCGAUGUUUUUUUUUUAAUUUUGGGCACUCCAUGCAUAAUUUCUACCAUAGACGAUGUCUAUGUUUCUACUUAAAACUGCGAAAGCACCUCAACGUUUAAACGUUAUUGGAAAUAAACGUCAGCAACCUUGUUUAGGAUUAUUGUUGGCAAGGUUACACAGUGCAAAGCCGUUGUUACAAGGCACAAAAUUGUGAUGGUUACUUCGGCU